UGUUCAUAUAUUUUUGAGCAAUUACUAAAAGGUAAAGAAUAUAUCUAAAUGUUGAAAAUGUCGUUUAAUACUAUUGUUUUUUUCAUUUGCUCAUUGGUUAUUUGUAGUAUUAGCGGUCGUUCUUUACCUUCUUUCAUAAAAGCAUGUCGGCGAAAUGAUGCCAAUAUUAAUAAUUGCAUAAAAAAUAUGUUGGAGACCCUUAGACCGUAUGCUGUAAAUGGUAUACCGGAAAUGCACGUUCCUCCUCUGGACCCAAUAUCUAUUCCCUUGAUUACUCUAAAUCAAGGAACUAAUUCAGUAAAUUUUAAAGCCGUAUUUACUAAUUUGAAGGGUUACGGGGGAAAAGACUUCCAGACAAAAAACGUAAGGAUAAAUUUGAAAGAAAAUACUUUUGAUGUAGACUUGUUUUUUCCAAAUUUCCAAAUAGACUCUAAAUAUGAAAUUAAUGGUAAAAUUUUAAUGUUGCCUAUUAAAGGCAAUGGAUUGUUCGUUGGAAAUUUCUCAAAUAUUGAUACAUCGCUAAGGAUAGUAUUGAAAACUGAAAAGAGAAAAAAUGGUAAACUUCACUAUGACUUCAAAGAAAAAAAUAUUAAUUUAAAUAUAGGCAAUGCUAAAAUUAAUUUCAGUAAUUUAUUCAACGGAAAUAAAGAAAUGAGUAACAACGUUAAUCGUUUUAUAAAUGAAAAUUGGAGAUCUCUAUUGCAAGAAACAAAACCUCUUUUCGAAGAUACAGUAUUGGCAAUGUUCGUGAAUAUUUAUAAACCAGUGUUCGACAUGUAUUCAAUAGAUGAACUAUUUCCAGUUUAGAUCAUUUAAGUUACAUAGACAAUAAAUUUAAAAAAAAAUAGCUGAAUCGCUAAAUUAUUAAAAGACUAAAUACAUUUUUUAUUUAUUUAUAGAAUUUUUUUUAUAUAAUAUUUAGAACAUAUUAAGUUGAAUUUGAUAUGAUAUAUUAUUAAGUUGAAAGAUUUAUAUGGCAACAUAUAUCAUAUUUGUAAA